CGUUCUCUGAUCUCUGAUACAGGAUAUAGAGAGUAGUUGAUUGUUCGUGUUCUUCUAAUCUUUUUAAAAGUACUAAAACGCAAGAGAUGAGCUCAACAGCUUUAGCUAAUUUAAGUGAAGAGCAAAUUAAGGCACUUCUAACCAUUUUGAAUGAGAAAACCAAGAUUGAUUCUUCAUCGGAGUCGACUACGAGCACCGCAACGAGUACCGUUGCUAGCACUAGUGAGGUUGACGAUGGACCAAAAAAAAAAGAAUUCACCGCUUCAGAACUUCUUCAAAAGAAGAAAAAGAACACUAAAUCAACCGAGGCCCAAGAAACAUUCUUGUACACAGUAAGGGAAUCAGCCAAGCAAGUGGGACUGUGGGAGAAAGCUCCCUCCCUCAACAGCAUUCCAUUUGCUACAUUUACAUCAUUUAUGGAAAAGGUUAUUACUGCCUUACCACAGCUGGCUGGUUAUGAGCACCGUAUCAGGGAAAGGCUAUCCCUAACACUAAUGAACAGGAGAAGCCAGCUUAAGAAUGUCCUUAACUGGAAAAGAACAGCAAAGCUUCAGAAAUGGCAAAAUGCUCUGAAGGCAAGAAAAAAUGAGACCCCACUGCAACUGCCCUCAAGCUCCCAAAAAACGGUGAAACCUAUUGAUGUGGUAAAAAAGCGGCUUGUGCUGGAAUCUCUAGUCUGUAGUAACAAGACAGAAUCAGACAAUAAAAAAAAACCAAAGGAAAAAACCAUUCAAGUGAACAGACCUGAUAAAAAAGGAAAUGAGGAAAUUGAAAGCAAGGAGAAUAAGAGAGAUGAAGAAGAAAAUGAGGAAAAUGAAAACAAGGAGGUUGAGAGCGAUGAAGAGAUGAGAAUGGAUGAAGAAAUGGAGGAAGAUAUGGAGGAAGAAGAAGAUGAUUUCUCAUUUUCACCAGGAGAUCAGUUGUACAUAAUGGAUGGAGCAAAAAAACUUGCAAGGGCCUCAUUUAUCAAGAAAUCAAAACUUGAUGAUGAACUUGCAAUUGUGACAGUACAGUCCAUAUACAAAGAUGGAAAGGACAUAAAAGUUAAAGAUGUCAAAAGACAAGAAAGGCUUCUAGGAAGCUUAAAGCCUGGUGAUCGAUUUUUGUACAAACAAAAUCAGAUGCUGAGCAGCCUAGAAAUGCAGAAAGUCCACCCAAAUAAACAAAAAAAGCUUGACAAGCUAAUGGAAAAGCAAACAGGAAAGACCAAAGAACACAAAACAAAUGAUACAUGUAAACAGCAAGUACCAGCAAAAGGGUGGAAGGGCUAUGUACUUGGGGAAGCCCUAGCAAAAAACAAAUUUGGGCCCCCUACCCAUCAGAAAAGGGAACGAAAACCCAAAAAGGCCACAGACGAUUAUAUACUUCUUUAAAAGCAUUGUGGCAUAUGUUUUAUAGAUGUUCUAUUUACAAUUAUUAGGUUUUAAUCGAAUAGUACUUACAAAUAUUAUAUAAUUAUUUCUAUAUAAAUUACUAUUCAUCAAUAUCACAUCAAGACAUUUGUUGAAUUGAGUU